UGCCUCAGGAGUGAUGGGUGCAUGCCAUGUCUGGACAUGGUUGCUGUGAGUGUUGCCUGAUGCAGGCAUGUAGUUGUGACAUUGUGCGACCCGGUGUCAGUAUGUGAAGGUCUGUGCUAUAGGCAAUGUGUCAUUGUGUGACACGUUGUGUUGUGUGACAUGUGACAGGUGUGCUGUAUGGCAUCCCAUGAGGAAGGCAUCUUGUGUGGUGAAGGUGUGCCAUUGCCUGGCAUCACUACUGUGGGAUGGAGGCUGUCAUUGUGUGACCUGUGGCAUCGCAUGGCAUUGUGUGGCAGAGGGUUGCAGUUGAAUGAUGGAGGUAUGCCCUUGCAGGAUGGGGAUACACAACAUCCUCAUGUGAUGUUGAUGUAUCAUUGCAUGGCAUUGGUACUACGUGAUGAAGGCUGUCAUUGUGUGACAGAUGUGGCAUUGCAUGGCAUUGUGUGGUGGAGGUGUACCAUUGCAGGUGUGGUGAGUGCAUCAUCGUGGGAUGCAGGCUGCUUGUUGUAUGACAUCGCAUGGUGUGGAUGGGUCAUUGUGUGGUUCAGAAUGUCAUUUUGAUGCAGGUGUGCAGUGUGUGGCACAUGGUAGCAUGUCAUUACAUGACAUGGACAUGCAGCUACAUGUCAUUGUAUGUCAUGACAGGAAGUUGUGUGACAAAGGUGUGUCAUUGAGAGAUGGAGCUGUGUUGUAUGAUGUUCCAUGAUGCAGGUGUGAUGGAAAUGUGUCAUUGAAUGACACUGAAUGAUGUGAGUCUGUCAUUCCAUGACACAGGCAUAUCAUUGCAUGCGUUGCAUGACACAUCUGCCUGAAGCUCAGGUCAAUACCCUACACUCCAGAGACUGAAUUCAACUUUAAAAAUAUAGUUAAAAUUCAAGACAGAAGCUAGAAAAAUGAACAAACACCAACAAAAAGAAUCUGACCAUAGAAUGUUACUAUGGAGACAGGGAACAUUGAGACACAAACUCAGAAGAAGACAAAGAAGUCAAAGAAGCUACAUGCCAGUGGUGGAUGGGGGGAAAGGAAGAAUUAUUAUAUAUGUUAGUCAAAUUCUAUCUGUGAAAAUACCAAGCAUUUCAUAUCACUGAAACCAUUGGGUUUUUUUUUUCUGCUUGAUGAAAUGACCUCUUUGAUUUAAAUCACUAUUUGUAUUUGUCAUCUGCUAUUUUCUCAUGCUAGCUGAGACCUACGGAGCACAGUGACAGGGGCAUUGUGACAACAAUAUGACUAAUAGUAACGGAAGAGCUAUCACAAACAAAACCAGUAGCAUAGUGGGAAAUAGUAGGGAAAGAUUGGUAAAUUGGACUCUCAAUUUAAAUACAGUUCAGCCUGACAAAUUUUUAAGCCUGUUAUUGAGUAUGGUACCUGUCAUUUACCAGAAGAGUCAAGAUGACAGGCAUAAAAAAACCAAUGGCAUCUGGCCAGAUGGUCUUCCAGCAUCAGCACAGACAUUUAACAUAAGAACAGAUCAGCACAUGGAGUAUCAUCAUUUCUCAGAGCAAUCUUUUCAUGGCAAUAACGGACAUGUUCCGUCAAGCUGUAGCCCAAAGUAUGAUGACUAUGCUAACUAUAAUUACUGUGAUGGGAGGGAGACUUCAGAAACGGCUGCCAUGUUAAAAAAUGAAGACAUGUCCAGUGAUGGUGAUGAAGAUCUCAUUGGGGAAGGGAGUCCCCGAUUGCCAAAAGAGUCCAGUGGCACAAUGGCCUUGCAGAUACUGGUGCCGUUUCUGCUGGCGGGUUUUGGAACAGUUUCAGCUGGCAUGGUUUUAGACAUAGUACAGCACUGGGAGGUGUUCAAAAAUGUGACCGAAGUUUUUAUUUUGGUUCCUGCACUUCUUGGUCUCAAAGGAAACUUGGAAAUGACCCUGGCAUCCAGACUAUCAACUGCGGUAAAUGUUGGGAAGAUGGAUUCCCCCAUUGAAAAGUGGAACCUAAUUAUAGGCAACUUGGCCCUAAAACAGGUUCAGGCAACAGUGGUGGGUUUUCUAGCUGCUGUGGCUGCCAUCAUUCUUGGCUGGAUUCCAGAAGGCAGAUACCGCCUCGAUCAUUCCAUCCUUCUAUGUGCCAGCAGUGUGGCCACUGCCUUCAUCGCAUCUCUCUUGCAGGGAAUAAUCAUGGUUGGUGUCAUCGUUGGCUCAAAGAAGACUGGUAUCAACCCAGACAAUGUAGCCACUCCAAUUGCUGCUAGUUUUGGAGACCUCAUUACUCUGGCCAUAUUAGCCUGGAUAAGUCAGGGUCUUUAUGCAUGCCUUGAGACAUAUUAUUACAUCGCUCCCUUAGUUGGUGCCUUUUUCUUGGCUCUGACUCCCAUAUGGAUUGUAAUAGCUGCCAAACAUCCAGCUACAAGGACUGUUCUCCAUUCAGGCUGGGAGCCUGUCAUAACAGCCAUGGUUAUAAGCAGUAUUGGAGGCCUUAUUCUAGACACAACAGUAUCAGAUCCAAAUUUGGUUGGAAUAGUUGUGUACACUCCAGUUAUUAAUGGUAUUGGUGGUAAUUUAGUAGCUAUACAAGCUAGCAGAAUUUCUACCUACCUGCAUUUACACGGCAAGCCAGGCGAAGUGCCUGAUGAAGCCAGAGGCUGCUAUUACCCAUGCCGAACCUUUUUUGGUCCAGGAGUCAAUAACAAAUCUGCCCAAGUUCUUCUACUUUUAGUGAUUCCUGGACAUUUAAUUUUCCUCUAUACCAUCCACUUAAUGAAAAGUGGUCACACUUCUCUGACUGCAAUCUUCAUCGCUGUAUUCUUAUUUGCUGCUGUAUUACAGGUAUUCACCUUGCUGUGGAUCGCCGACUGGAUGGUCCAUCACUUCUGGAGAAAAGGAAAGGAUCCUGACAGCUUCUCCAUCCCAUACCUCACGGCUUUAGGCGAUCUGCUGGGCACGGCCUUGUUGGCCUUGAGCUUUCAUUUUCUGUGGCUCAUCGGGGAUAGAGACGGAGAUGUUGGAGACUAGCAAAGCAGGGAAGUGCUGCCUGCUCUCAGACCAUGGAGAAGAAGAACAGAAGGGGGCGGCAUAUGACUCCUCUUCCAGGCCUUUAAUACAAGACAGGAAUCUCAUUUUGGCCAGGUUAAUUUAAAGUUGGAACUGAUUUGAUUAAAUGGCCUUACCUUUUUUUAAAACUGAAUUUGAAUAGAAAAUAAAAAUGAAGGGAUUUGCCUUUCAGGAGAGAAUGAAGGUUGAUUUGACUUUGAAACAGAUAGGAGUUCAGUCUCUGGAGUUAAUUAAAUCAGAAAAUAUGCAGGGAGUUAAAUAUGAGUAAUUGUGUAACUAGACACACCCAGGAACGUACUGGUUGGUGUUCGACUUGUAAUGGAAGAUUGGCAAUUUAACCUCUUUUCUAAUGAAUUUGGUUUCCAUGAAAAUUUAAAUGAAAAAAAAAAAUACCCUUUUGGAGUUUAAAAGUUUUAACUACUUCCACCUUUACAACAGCUGCCUUUGAAGUUACAAAUGACGAGGCCCCAGAAGAUACUGGAUCAGAGAUGGAGACUUCAGACUUUAUCACAUGAAGGCCUGGGAGCUCCCCAGAACUGUUGCUGAUUCAGUUCUCACUCCACAGCUACUGGCAGCCAGUCUGUAAAGAACAGGAUGAUUUGGGGGGCUGGGGCGGGACACAGGGGGUAGGACUUGGAGGAGAACAAGUAGGUCAUUGGGAGCCAUGAUUAUAUUUUCCCCAAACCCAAAGGUAGAAUCAAACAAGAGGAAGAAACACAGCAGUAUUUGUUAGACCCCAUACAGGGUGAAAAACCACUUUCUCUUCUGCUUUGUUGGAAAAUUAAACCUGAGUUUUGGUUAGGAAUGAGGCAUCAGCAUGAGGAUCUAUUUGGAAGCAUGUUGCUGUGAGGCAUUGUCAGGCACACUGUUUAUCCAGAAAGUCUGCCGAGAGCCUGAAUUCAUCCUUGUGUUUGUAAAUGUUCCCCCCUUUUAAAAUGAUCCCCAGCUAAAAGGAGGAAGCUUAGUCUAGUUCACUCACACAGCAAGAAAAUGGAAUGAGAUUUACAGACAGGCAAGUGGAGGAUUUUAGUAUUUUGAAAAAAUCCGUUGAAAAGCCUAUGCUGGGGACAGCUGGGUGGCUCAGUAGAGAGAGAGAGCAGCACCAGACCUAAAGAUGGGAGGUCCUGGGUUCAAGUGUGGCACAGACACUUCCUAGCUGUGUGACCCUGGGCAAGUCACUUAGCCCGGUUGUUUAACUCUUACCACUCUUCUGCCUUGGGACCGAUAACUUGGUAUCAGUUCUCUGACAGAGAAGGUAGAGAUUUUUUUAAAAAGAAAAGCUUGAGCUUAUCUUUGAGGGGGCCCAUCUGCCCAGGCCUUCCCAGCACUGCCUGUUGGGCUGAUUCUCACAAAUGGACCAUAAUGUGCACAGAGGAUGUAGUUUUUCUUUGCCCAUUUUCCUAGAAGCUCUAAUGUCUAUCGGGAAUUCUUGGACCAAGCUGAUUAAUUAUUGGAAAAGGUCGGCACUUUUCUAUAUAAUAAAAUGAAUCCACAAACCAGUGGAAUUGCUCUAUGGGUGUAUCAGCUGUAUAAUUGUUUAAUGUAUGAGUGCAGACGAAGGGGGCCAUUCCAUUGUAAGUGAGUGCUGUGACGCGGGUGUUCCUGUUUGCUUUAUUUCAGUCGGAAGCUCUAUAGAACUCUAUCCCUGAAAUCAUCCCUGUUGAGAGGAGGAAUGGAGGAGUCCUAGGUCUGCCUUGUUUUUCUUUCCUACGGUUAUGUCGUUUGUCUGCUUUGUAAUGUAGCUGGCAUAGACGGUAAGAGAGGGCGUUAGAGUUUCUCCUGGGGAGAGUUAUGGUGCCACACGGUGAAUGUUCUUACAAAAGACAGCCUAAGUUCACAAGUAUUUCACUGAGGUUUUAUAAAGAUCCAUUAAUACUUAGAUUGGUUUUAUUUAUUUAAAGAGUAUGAAAAAUGCGUGUUUACACUUGGAUUGUAUGUUCUGCGAUUAUUUAGAGGAUUUGUGUGGAGACUGAAAUUCCUAGUUCCAUUUUGGCCGUUGUUAGCAGAAAAAAAAAUGCCACAUCCCAGAAUUUGCCAAACAGAGCUCUUCUUCAUUCGCUCACAAGCCUCUGGUUGCCACUUUGUUUCCUCAAAAAUAUAAUUAUGCUAUCUGCCCCGGUCUGUGCCCUUCCCCUUUACAAGGUUCUUCAUAGACUCUCGCCCUCGGGGAUCCUCACCCAGCCCUGUUUCACACAAGAGGUCCAGAGCUUCUCGUGCCAAGUCCAGUGCUCUUCCCCUGACUUCAGGCCGCCCCUCAGAGCUCCCUGUGAUAGGCAUCCUUAAGGACACACACACACACACACUCCCUCUCCAGGGCCACAGCCCAGAACGUGGGGUUCUCAUUUUUAACUCCAUGCCUCAGCCUUUUUUCUUUUUCUUUUUCUUCCACCAACUGUCUACAAGCAGCUGGCCUGACGAGGUUCAUCUUUUGUUUUUUUCCUGCUCAGUAGAGCAGGUCAGUGACUGGAAGGGGGAAGAGAGAAGGGGCCCCAGUGGCCAGGAUCAUUCACAUAGAACUAACAAGACACCUGCUCCAUCCGGGUGCGGAGCUGAGGGUCAGAGUGGUUGAGUCCCCCAGCCAAGAGACCCCCCAUACUGCCAGAGGCCCAGAGCUCCCAAUUUAGAGCACUUCAUGGUUUUAAAAGCUCCCUCCUCCCAAACGUUAUUUACAAUCCACAGCCCAGACAAUCACCCACCGGUGGAGCUAAUUAUAAAAUGGAAGUACACUGUCUAAAAAAUUAAAAAAAAAAAUACAAACACCCCUCUGUGUGUUCAUCAUUAAUAAGCUAGAGAUUUGAAAAUAUUGUGACUAAUUUUUUGAAAUCUAAAAAAUCAGACACUUGGUGGGGUCAGGGGGAGAUGCUUAUGUUGUUGGGUCAUCCUCUAUCUGUGAUAAAGCAUUUUCCCCCCUUUAGAAUAAAGUUUCUUGAAAAGGUAA